CUGCGCCCUCACACAACCCACAUGCAUUUCCACACCACAUGCCCUCUGUGACAUCUCCCCUCGCACAACUGCAGCACUCUUACUGUAUCCGACCACCGUUCAUCCUUGUAUCCCGCAGUCCGCUCUCGAUUGAUCGGACGAACACCCAUAAAACCCCCACGCUUUCGCCAGCCGGCUUCGGUUCUUUUUUCUCACUAUGUCCAACAUGGGUCUCGUAGUGAACAUCCUCAUAUUCGGGGUAGCGGUGAGCAUUCCCGCAGCGGUCAACUACGAAACAAAGGGCCAGCUGCCUGACCUCGCUGCUACAACAUGCCUGCUGCUGCUUACGCUCAUAGUGUUUCGCUUGCUCGGUGUGCCUACGCUCGUGGAGAGUCUGUCCCAGAUUGACGAGGUGUGCAGCACACAACCUGAAGUUGUAGAACUGCAAAGCAAAUUCGACAGCAAGCUUUUAGAGGAGGAGUGUGACGUUGUGGAAUCGCAGGAAGAAGACGUGGAGGAAAAUAUAUCAGUCUAUGAAGAAGGGGAAGUGGUAGUAGAAGAUGAGGCCGUAGAGGAAGCUACAUCAAAAGUCGAAAGCAGCGUUGAACUCAGCGAGGACUCCGCCGCCGAAGAGCUUUCGGACUGCUCUACACCUGUCCCAGUCAGAAACCUCGAGAAGCGAUUGGCACGCGCACCCAGCGACGUUUCCUCAGCCGACAGCGCCAUCGCCGAUAUCCACGACCCAUACAUAUGCCAGCUCCCAGCGCUCGAAGCGGAAUUCAUCUCGCUGGCCGAUACUAAACGAUCACCUGAGUCAUGGGAGACCAUUCUUGCGCAGAGUUGGGGCAAGUUCUCGAUCGAGAUUCAUCGACGGGUUGGCAGCCAGUUCUUGUUCCGGUACAUUAUGCAUUUGGAGGCUACGCCUGAGGAGGCGAUUGAUCUGUUGGCGGAUGUCACGCGGCGCCCUGUGUGGGAUGAGCUGUGUGACGAGGCUGGGGUGGUGGAAAAGGUUUCUGACAGAACGACCGUUCAGUACUUCCGCACGAAAGCAGCAUGGCCCACCAAAUCCCGCUGCGCCCUCGUAGUCUCGUUCAACAAACAACUCUCACCGCGCCGCUACCUCAACGUCUCCAAAUCCAUUAACACACACCCCUCCUUCCACGCCAACUCCGCCGACGUCCGCAUGAUCGCCCACAUCGCCGGUCAACUCGUCGAGCCGGACGCCGCAGGCCGCGACCGGAUGUGCCGCGUCGUGCAGGUUGUCGAUGGGGAUCUGGGCGGAUGGUUGCCGAAAAGCGUUGUCAAUAUGGUCACCAUCAACGCGAUACCCGUGGGCAUGCGGAAGGCUAACAAGAUGUUGAAGGGGAUUGAAGUUCAACGGGAUGUUUCGGAGGUUAUGACUGAGGCUGAGGGUGGAUUUUAUCAGGCUGGUAGCGAUAGCGACGCGAGCAGCCAAACUACACCGGUGUCUGCACGCAAGGGCAGGAUGAACGUAAUCACUAGCAAGGCGAAAAGCUGCCAAACUACACCGGUGUCUCCACGCAAGCGCAUGAUGACGGCAUCCGUUCCCAUCUCGCCCGUGACUGCAAUAGCAGCCAAAGCGGCGCACAUGCAAUCCGAUACCAUCGCUACUGUCUCCACCAGACCAACCACAGAACAACACACCGAAUCAUCAUCACUCCCAACGAACAAAGCGCUGACCACCCGCACAACCGCCCAAGCAAUCCUCUUAAAACGCCCCAACGUCCUCCGCUUCAUCCUCACCAUCCUCCGGCGAUCACAGCCGUGGAUCAUCGUAUCGAUCUUGCUUGCGAUCGUCACCGGGCGAUUCAAGCGAUGAGCUCGAAAUACAUGUCCCCAUACCGCCCACCCAGGUCAAGGGCCCACGUAUUCCCAUUGACUGCUAGAGCAGCAAAACCGCCCCAAACCUGUCUAAGACGUUAUAUACCCUACUCCCAGCCAAUUUUGAAAGUACACUACAUUAGUAUUGGUCGCGUCCCCGUCUCUGCGUUCCCCAGGUUCUCUUAUUUUUGUGCGUCGCUUGGCCGACAUCCUUUUAGAAGUUCUGUGAGGUAUACUUGGCAUGUAUUCAUUCAGUUACAUGGCAAUAAAAAUGCAAGUUCUAUGACU